AGUGCAGCGUAUCUGAAGACUUUGGCGAGAAUCGCGGCCUUAGACGACAGACUGGGGAAGGAUAAACCGGGAGUUGACAUCAACAUCCCUGUACGGAUCAUCUUCUCGCCCGGUCUCGCACAUAUCGCGAGGUGUGCUGGAGGGGACUUGAAAGUCCUCAUGGACAUUCGGACAGCCGAGCGGACGAUCCGAAAGCAGUGGAAAGCGUACAGCGACGACGAUGUAUUGAGUCCUGGGGCCUUACGCUGCACCUUUGAGCUCAGUCCAAUGGUAGCCGACUUCGACGAGUGGGCGGUCACGUCCAAGACGACGGAGGCGAUGGAGAGUCUGGCGCUGGGUGACGUGUGGUUCUCCCAGUUGUCGCUUGCAGCCGAGCUGGGGCCUGAACUCGAGAAGGACGAGCUCCAAUCGAGAAAAACGCUGGGGAAGCUCAUGACUCGCGUCCUCAACCUGGGGAAUCGCAGUCGAGAGCGAAGUCUCGGCGCGUUGGGGCUGUUCAUCAAUGCGGCGCUGAAACCUGGCGACUUCGAGGCCAUGUGCUCGGCGAUUGCUCUUAACCAAAUGACCAAGAACUUGUCGCUGGGCAUGUGGAUGGACACGCAUAGGUGGAAGUGGCUGGCGUACUCACUCUUCUCUAAACGAGCUCGCGCGUGCUCAGCGCUGCAGUCGCUCGCGCUGCUUUCGAUCCACAACAUGCGCAUCGCUGAAAUGAAGGAGUUCGCAGCCAUUUUGGCCUCCGAGUAUCCAGAAGAAGAGCUCUUCGACUGCCCUCGCGGUGCAGUGGAAGGAAGGGAAGCAACAUUGAAGCGUGGUGCUCCGAUUCGAUGGCAGUUCCACGACAAAGGCGAGGCUGCUUUGACUGCGCGUGCGAUGGUUCUUGAUAGUUCAAUCCCCUCGGUACGGACGUUCAGCGACGAUGGAGAAAGCGCUUGGGUGAACGUUCUGGUCCCUGGCUAUGGACGAUGCCAAGUCCAGCGUGGCGAUUUAGAGUUUCAAGAAGACAACCAAGACCAAAGUACUCAAACCACAGAGUUAACGUCGCUCACACUCGGAUUCAGCGCGUGUUGUGCGGGGACUUCCAGCGGUCUGCCAGUGUUUCUCCGAGCUGUCGGGUCUACCUUGAAGCGCUUGACGCUGAAUGGGCCCCGAGUGGACAUUGACGAGAACUGGAUCCUCGAAAGCUGCCCCAACAUCGAAGAGCUGUCGACCUGUGGGGGGUUGGUGGAUGCUCGACUCAAUUUCUGCGGGUAUCGCGCAAGCAACGAACCAUUCCCGGAGUUGAAUUGCUAUUGGGACGACGUCGCAGCUCUCGCGAGUGACCUUCAAGACCCGAGCAACCCGCUAUCGAACUGCGUCCACCGCUUGCGAGUCCGCCUGAACUUCAUCGACGGCGCGCGCCGCUUGAAAGCCGCAGCGAAAGCGCUACUUCAGAUGCUGCGGAGGAACAAGUCGUUGGAGUUCCUCGAGGUAGUCGUGCAGCCCAAAUAUGACGGCUACUUCGCGGAAUUCAGAAGGCACCACCGACAGCCGAUCGGCCGCGCACUGAAGCCGCUUCCGAGGGAGGGCAAAGCGGCGUUCAUCAGUGUGUUGUCUCGUCAACAAGCGACCAAGACGCAGGAGGAAUUACGGAAACCUGGCAUUGGACAACUCAACCACGUCGUGAAAAACAUUUUCGCAUUUGCCGCGGAUCCUGUGCUGAGAGAAGUGUACUUCCGC